CGCCGCAGAGAGCACAUCGAGCCAGAGCCUGCAGAGCGAAGAUUAUAAGCGCCAAUAUAUACACGAUAUACACAAGCAGGGAGACGCGUUAAAAGACACGCAUCCACGGGGACUUUUUCCACGUCUUAUUUUAGGGUUAAUCAGCCAGAGAGGAGAGGAAAGUUCGUGGAUCUGUGGAGCUAUUUUCCAGCAGAGGGAGCGUCAGAAUGGUCGCAGAGCCGCUGUGACUCAUUGAUAAAUAACACCAGCGCUCUUCGGCCAGAUGCAUGAAUGACUGCCUGAGUAGGAAGCCUUCAGUCGGGGAAUCUGUGAAGGGGACGUUAGUUUUCAGCACCAGCUUCGCUCCUGAACCGCACCGGACUCUGGUGGCUUUCUGGAGGGAGAUUUCAUCCGUCUAACUUGGACUUUCAUCUCUUUUUGGCUCUAUUUGUGGCUCGAGGGCCCUUCGAGCAGCGGACUUAAAGACAUAAAUCCCAAACACUUUCCUUGGUUGCUCGCCUUCUUCGCGCUGCAGCCAGAAAACCCUCGAAACCUCGCUUCUUCAGCUACAUUUUUACCACCUGCGUAUAAAUGCUCGACAAGCUCAAGCCCGUCGUCCAGCUCGACUCGGUAAUGGCGAUCAGCAAGACGGUGGGCUGGCUCCGGGAGCAGCUGGAGACGCGCAGGGACGGCCUGCUGGUGAUGGACUGCCGGGCCCAGGAGCUCUACGAGUCGUCGCACGUCGAGACGGCUAUCAACGUGGCCAUACCGAGCCUCAUGCUCCGCCGGCUCAAGAAGGGGAACCUGCCCGUGAGGUCGCUGCUCUCCGACGGGGAGGACAGGGAGAAGUUCGUGCGGAGGUGCAAGACGGACACCAUCGUGCUGUACGACGAGUACAGCCGGGAGUGGAACGAGAAUGUGGACGGGGGCUCGGUGCUGGGGUUACUGCUGAGGAGGAUGAAGGACGAAGGCUACAGGGCCUAUUAUCUGGAGGGUGGCUUCAGUAAAUUUCAGGCCGAGUAUCCCGCUCUAUGCGAGACCAACCUGGACGGCUCCUCCAACAGCAGCUCCCCCACGGCCCAGGUGCUAGGCCUGGGUGGGCUUCGCAUCAGCUCCGACUCUUCUGACAUCGAGUCAGACAUCGACCGGGACCCGAGCAGCGCCACUGACUCCGACGGCAGCCCCCUGUCCAACCCUCAGCCCUCCUUCCCGGUGGAGAUCCUGCCUCACUUGUACCUGGGCUGCGCCAAGGACUCCACUAACCUGGACGUGCUGGAGGAGUAUGGCAUCAAGUACAUCCUCAACGUGACGCCCAACCUGCCGAAUCUCUUCGAGAAUGCCGGGGAGUUCAAGUACAAGCAGAUCCCCAUCUCAGAUCACUGGAGCCAGAAUCUGUCACAGUUCUUCCCAGAGGCCAUCAGCUUCAUCGAUGAAGCACGAGGUCAGAAGUGUGGCGUCCUGGUCCACUGUCUCGCUGGUAUCAGCCGCUCAGUGACUGUAACAGUAGCCUACCUGAUGCAGAAGCUCAACCUGUCCAUGAACGACGCCUACGACAUCGUCAAAAUGAAAAAAUCCAACAUCUCUCCGAACUUCAACUUCAUGGGCCAGCUCUUGGACUUUGAGCGCACGCUGGGGCUGAAGAGCCCAUGCGACAACCGCAUGGCGUCGCCCAGUCAGCCGCUGUACUUCACAACUCCGACGAACCACAACGUCUUCCAGCUGGACCCUCUGGAGUCCACGUGAGGUCUGCUCAAACCUUCCCUCUACUUACACCGGAGGUUUCAUGCACCUCCUGUUGGAAAAAGCUGCAAAAAGUUUCUCUUUUUUCCGUCGUCUGGCGAGAUGGCAUUGAUACAGCUGGUUUGAGGCGACUGCUGCUGAGCGACGUUACUGGAGGGUCGAAGCAGUUUGGGCCGAGACGCAGCUGCUUUUUGAAUAAAUGAGAAGAGACAGAAAAGAGGAAGAAAGUCAUUUAAAGAAUGCAGAAACUUUCUUCAAUCUUAUGUAACUCUUGGACUCCUGGGGUCUUUUCUCUUUUUCUAUCUGUUGUAUCAGAGAAGAGUUGGACAGAUUUUGCUUCAGAGCUCCUGGGCUGGUGUGCCAAAGAGACGUGAUUGUUCAAACUGGACAGAUCUAAAACCCUUUUGUAUGGCCGGUUUUAGGGUCUAGCACUUGUUCACCCUGAAACGCAAAGACGCUUUGUCUGCUUUGUCUUCUGUGAAGACUUGCCUGUGUGGGGUCAAGGCACCCCAGCUUUAAACGGCACACUAUACUGGACUCGAUUUUACAUUUGUGGAGUCUUUUCAAACAUUUAUACAUUGUGUAUAUAUAUCUUAAUAUAAGAGACUACAGUAAAAGCCUUGCUCUAGUAUAUAUAUACACCCUUUGCAACAAGUGGGUACUGAAGAUUCUCUUUGUUUCAUAUUCUACUUUUCUGUAAGCAAAGCAAACUGCAUAUUGAUCAGUAUGUUUAAGUUGAUUAUGCCAAAAAUCAAGUAGGCUUUGGAAGAAUUUUGCAGAAAUGUGUACACGUGUAAUAUAUUUGAUAAUCGCUUUACGUGUGAAUUCAGCCGAUGGCCUUGUUUUGCACCCCCUUCUCACAAAUCAGAGUCACCAUGGUUGUUUGCCUUACUUUUGCCCUCAGAAGGUUUUUGCAUUAGCCUUCAGAGAAAACAUCUUUCAAAGAAGCUGCACAAGUAAACCAAACCUUUCAGUUUUCAUUUCAGUCUCUAAUUUGGCACUAUGCACGUUCGAACCACCGCGGCCGACGUGCUGUCUGGGUCUCUGAAGGUUAAUGCGAGUAGUCCUGAUCUGUGCACAAGGGUGAAUUGUCUCCGAUGUGUGGAGAGAAAGGAGGAGGCUCUGCUCUCCUCACCUCUUCAGGGAACAUUCUGCAAAAUGCAGUUCUUAUUUGUGAUAAGAGAGAAAAAGUGUCCCCCCCCCAAUCCACAGAGAAGGCCUCUUUCCAGGGGAUGCCAUCUUGGCAACCUCUGCCAACCCCACUCCACACUCCUCUCUUACGAAUGUAAAGAAAAGAUAAGUUAUUAAUAAAUUGCUAUUUUGUCUACA